AUGAUUGGAGAAAAUGGAAUUAUUUUAAGUAGUGGACAAAAAGCAAGAGUAUCAUUUGCUUGUACCUUGCAUGCUAAUGUAGCCAUUUAUCUACUUGAUGAUCCAUUAUCUGUUGUUGAUCAUAGAGUAGCUCAACAAAUCUAUGAACGAUGCAUUGGUCCAUGUGAAUUGUUAAAAAAUAAAACUCGUCUAUUAACUACUCAUCAAGCUCAGUUUCUUAGUGAAUCAAAUCAAAUAAUAUUUCUUUCUCAUGGUCAUAUUGAUAAGCAAAGCUUCAUUGCAGAUUUAGUUCGUACAAACUAUUAUUUUCCUGUUGUUUUAAAUGGUUCAAGUAAAUUACAUAAUAAAAUGUUAAAAGGACUUUUAUAUACAUCAAUACAGUUUUUUGAAAGCAAUCCAACUGGAAAAUUUCUGAAUCGAGCAAGUAAAGAUCAGUAUGUUAUCGACAAGUUACUUCCAAUAACGUUGCUUGAAGGAUUCGAGGGAUUUUUACUGGUAGCAGGUUCAUUAUUCAUGAUUAGUUUUAUUAAUCCAUAUGUUUUUCUUGUACUUAUCUUAUUAGCACCAGUGGUUUGGUUGAUAAUUAGUUUUUUCCUAAGAUGUUCACGUCGAUUUAAACGACUUGAAAGUAUCACUCGUAGUCCUGUCUAUGCACUCUUUUCAUCAUCGUUGAAUGGCCUACCAACAAUUCGUUCAUUACAAGUUUUUAUAAAUGUUCGCGAUCAUACAAAAUCGCCAGCUGCUGCACUCAGUUUAACAUAUACACUUUAUAUAGCAUUAUUGUUCAACUGGGCCGUUCGACAAUUGUCCGAAGUUAAUAUAAUGAUGAUAAGUGGCGAACGUAUCGAUGAGUAUUCACAUUUGCCAUGUGAAGAGAAUAAAGGUGGUCAUAAAGCUCGUGUACAAACUUCACCAAAAUGGCCAACUCAUGGAAAAAUCGAAUUUAGAAAUUAUUCAUUACGUCAUCGACUGAACUUACCCUAUGCUAUUAGAAAUAUUAACUUGGACAUAGAGUCUGGACAGAAGAUUGGAAUUAUUGGUCGGACUGAUUUUGGAACCCUUCGAUAUAAUCUUGAUCCAUUCAAUAAUUAUUCCGAUGAAGAAUGUUGGAUAGCACUUGAAGAGGUUCAACGUAAACAAUAUGUGAGCGAUCAUGCAUCAGGUCUUCUAAUGCCUAUUGGUGAAUCGGAUACAUUUAAUGAAUUAUUGAAUAAUACGCUUAAAUUCAAAGAAGAAAAUCCAUUGGACUAUCGCACGUUAUGGAUAACAAAGAACAAUACAUCUCAAACAGCAUAUGAGUUUCCUCUUGCAGAAGUUGAUGGUCAUGAUAGGUUAAGUUUAUAUUGGUUUCAUCUCUGUGAAUCUGAUCGUGGGAACGUCAUUCGUGUUCGAUGUUUACGUAAUAAUGUAACUGGUCAUAUUCUUAAAUCAAAAGAUUUCAACAUUGAUCGUACCUUAUCUAAAAUGAAAUGUAAAACUCGUAAACAACAUUCUUAUGAAAACGACCACUAUUGUAUAUUAAGCAGCGAAGCACAAUUUAGUCGUUUUUCACGUUUGUAUCCAUAUAUCGUACAGUGUAUUAUUUUAAAAACUGAAAGUAAAAAUAAGCACGUUCGUAUACUUGUUGAGAAAGAAGACAAAGUUAUUUUAUCGUAUGAAAAAUGUGUUUUUGUACCCUAUGAUAGUACAGUAGGUCAUCACAAUCUUGUAUAUUUAUACAAUAAAAUUCAUGAAGAAGAAGAAAGUAAUCUUAAAUACGAUAAUGUUAUAGCGGAAGCUAUCUUGCGCAAUUUUAAUGACGAACAACUUAAGUGAAUACUACCUGUUAAACUUCCAUUUAAUUUCAAUUUUAUUGUGUUUCUAAUCAAUACCUUCUUAAAACGAACUUGGAAAGGUACACUUGAAACAACACGAAAAUUCGUUCAAAGACCUGUUCCUCAUGAUGGUCACUGCCUUUUUUCAUCUCUUCGCAACGCACUGAGUAUUGCCGAUAAAAUUACCAUGAAAGAUUUACGUAAACAAGCUGCCGAUUAUAAUCGUCAAUCGGGUAAAAUUGACGAACAAUGUUUAUUUUACGAAACCAAGAAAAAUCUUGAACAAUAUUGUGAUGAGAUUGAAAAUACCGAUGUAUGGGGUGGUGAACCAGAAAUUCUAGCUAUAGCUGAAUUAUAUGAGACAAGUGUUCGUGUUAUAAGGAUUGAUCCUCAACAAUCAUGUGUAUCUAUUUCUGAAUUUCCUUCAAAUCAAACAUCAUUUAAAAAAUGCUGUUAUAUUAUUCUUAAUAAUAAUCAUUAUGAAUCAUUACAUCUACGUAUUGGAAAUAAUUCAAAUGACGAACAUUCAAUUUUUGAUUCCAAUGAUGAGGAAGUAAAGAAACUUAUAUAUGAUUUUAUUUCAAAAGAGUAUCCUAAUUAUAAAGUGAUAUCAUCCAACAAUAAGACAGAUAGUAAUGAACAUUUAGUGCAACCUGUCAGAAAUUCUAUUGAUCAACUUAUUGCUGCAGCUAAUUUAAUCGACAUGAUUUCUACCAGUUUAUCAAAUAAACGAAAGUUUCAAGAACAUGACAAGCAUACAUCAAUGGAAGUAACUACAAAGAAAUUAGCAUCAUCCAUUGUGAAUACAAAUGAAGUCGAUGUUCCAACGUUAACAUAUUCUUGUUCAAUUCCGACAAAGAAGAACAAUAAUUCAUCGGGCAAUAUUAAAGAGCAUCCUCAGUCAGAUGUUUCUCAAAUAAGAUUUAAAGUUGAACUUGCAAAACGAUUUCGUGCACGUUAUUUAACUGAUUAUGAACCAAAGAAUGCAUAUAAACGUGAUGGUAAAACGAAAUCUCAACGAAGAUGUCCGACUUAUUUUGCUGAUCGACACGAUGAAAACAAUAAUAACAAAAGGCAUUCUCUCACAUUAUUGAUACCGAAAAUGCUUUUAUUCGGUCAAGAUCCAAUUGAUCUUCAUCGUGUCAAAGUAGAAAUUUGCAUUGUGACACGAACUAUCAAUAGAUGUAUUUAUAUUCAUCCAUAUUAUAAAUUUUACAAACCUGAAAAAGGUCGAGAAUACUCUGUGUCUAAUCCAAUAUUUAUACAUCUUGGAUAUGAUACAGAUUAUGAACAUCUGACCAAUAUCAAGGGAAAUCUGACAGAAAUCAAUGGAAUACUGAAUAUGAAGUAUAUUUUAAAAAUAUUUUAG